AUGAAAAAAACCUAUAAACAUGUACCUUGUGUUGCUCAUACCAUCAACCUAGUAGUCGAAAAGGGAAUUGAAAAAACACAAGAAACUGACAAAAAAACCAAUGUUAAAUCUGGUGGUGUUCCAGUCUUGGUAUCCAAAGUAAGAGAAAUUGUCAAGUUUGUAAAGAGAAGCUCAAAAGCUAGUGACUUAUUGAGAAAGUAUCAAAAUUGUGUAUUUAUGAAAGAAGGGCAGUAUUUAAAAUGUAUUCUAGACAUCAGAACACGAUGGAAUAGUAUGUACUACAUGAUUGAAAGAUUUUUAAAAUUAACCAGCAACCUAUCACAAAUUCUUCUCAUACUCAACGGUAAUGAUAUACCAGAAAUGAUAUCUGGCCACGAUAUAAGAUGUUUACAAGAAAUUUGUCCAUUGCUGAGACCAUUUGAAGUACUUACUAGAGAACUUUCCACAGAUAAAUCGAUUAUGUCAAAACUUGAUUAUAGAUGUGGAGCUUAUGAGCAUGCACCCAUAUUACCAAUUUGCACAUUGUUGGAUCCACAAUUUAAGGAUAUGCAUUUUAAAAAUCCACUCGCCAAUUCCAAGGCCCAAGAAAAAAUUGUUCAAAUAAUACAGAAUGAUAAUAAUUUGAUAGAAAAUGAAAYAUUGGCAUCUGCAGAACCAGAAAGUAGCAACGCAGACAAACAUUGUGAUUUAUGGCGACAUCACAAAACACUAGAAAAAAAGCGAAAUGAUGGAAGAGCUUAUAAUAAAACACCAAAAGGAGAAUUAAGAUCUUACUUACACUAUAACAUUUUAAAAUUGGAUCUUGACCCAUUGAUCGAACGGGAAAAUACAAAAAUAAUUUUUCCAAGAUUAUAUUAA